AUCCUCUUGAAUUAGAGGGCAAUUUCGUCAUUUAAACAAAACAACACGAACCAUCCAUUUUUCAUCUCUCUCCUCCUCUCCUUUCAAACAAACGCCUGCUGCUUGCUUCCGGUAAACUCUUCGCCGUCGUCAAGGUGACUCAUUCCGUCGACAAUAUUCUUCUCCGAAGAGCUUCUCCUUGCUAUCAGACUGGAAGAAGAAGAUUCAUGGGUUUCCUUGUAGCCGCCAUUAACGUUCCUCCUCCUACGUUAAUCCAUCAACAAGUGAAAUCGAAGCAUGGAUGUAGUAGUAGUAAAGAGGAGAAGCUUCAAGGGAGCUCUUUGUUUGCUCGUCGUGGUUUCUUGCACUGCGUUGGUGGUGCUUCGUUGGUGGCCACACUUGAGUUCUCUGGAUUACAAGCUGCUCAAGCAGAGGAGAAAGAUGAAGGAGUCGUUGGUGCUUUCAAGUCUUUGUUUGAUCCUAACGAGAGGACAAAGUCUGGGAAAGAGCUUCCAAAGGCUUACUUGAAAUCUGCAAGAGAGGUUGUGAAGACGAUGAGGGAGUCAUUGAAAGAGAACCCGAAAGACAAUGCCAAGUUUAGAAGAAGCGCUGAUUCCGCCAAGGAGUCGAUUCGUGAUUACUUGAGCAACUGGAGAGGGCAGAAGAGUGUAGCUGGAGAAUGUUCAGGAAUCUUACGCUGAGCUUGAGAAAGUCAUCCGAGCUUUGGCGACGUUUUACUCAAAGGCAGGCCCUUCUGCACCUCUUCCUGAUGAGGUCAAGGCUGAGAUUUUGGAUGAUCUUAAUAAGGCUGAAGAGUUUUUGUGACCAGAUCCUGCAGCUACAAGUUUUGAUGUAACAUGUUUGUAUUGAUACAAGUCUUUGAGAACUUGUGAAAGCAACUGAAAAAAAUAGGC